AUGGCUUCUCUUCUCACCGGCGGAAUUUCACCUUUUUGUUCAAAACCCAUUUUAGAACCCUUUAAAGGGUCUCUGUUUCACCAAUUUCCCAAAUCAUCCAGCCUCAGAAACCCGAGUCCAAGAACUUUCUUGAAGAUUAGGGCUGACGUCGGCUAUGAAUCCAAUACUACAAUUGAGUCUCCAGGUAAGAAAUCAUCGGUCUCUGCCUCAGAUGAUGAUGACCCGCUUCAUAAAUUCUUGAAAAGAGACUAUAAGUGGGGUUUUAAUGAAGAGAUCGACUCCUUUACGAUUCCUAAGGGGUUGUCUGAGGAAACAGUUAGGUUAAUUUCUUCUAGGAAAAAUGAGCCUGAUUGGAUGCUUGAGUUCAGAUUAAAGUCUUAUCAGAAGUUUGUCAAUAUGAAAGAGCCCAAAUGGUCAGAUAAUCGGUACCCAGAAAUUGAUUUUCAGGAUCUUUGUUAUUAUUCAGAGCCCAAAAAGAAGCCCACUUUGAAUAGUCUUGAUGAGGCUGACCCUGAGCUGGUUAAGUAUUUUGAUAAGCUUGGGGUGCCUUUGAAUGAAAGGAAUAGACUGGCUAAUGUCGCGGUUGAUGCUGUUCUUGAUAGCGUUUCAAUUGCUACUACUCANGGACCGAGCCUAAUUUUUUUUGGCCGGGCCCGGCGCUGCUCGGCUCGGGCCAAAAAAAGCUCGGGCUCGGCUCGGCUCGGCUCGUUGCCACCGCUAGCCGCCUAUCUUCUGGAUGGUUCCAAUUCUGGUGAGGUGGAAGCAUCUUCCAACGAGCUUGCUGAUCUGUAUUUCUGUCCAAAAUAUCCAGCUGCCUAUCUUCUGGAUGGUUCCAAUUCUGGUGAGGUGGAAGCAUCUUCCAACGAGCUUGGUGAUCUGUAUUUCUGUCCAAGUCAGCUAGCUUUCCCUCCACAUGAACCCUUUAAAGGGUCUCUGUUUCACCAAUUUCCCAAAUCAUCCAGCCUCAGAAACCCGAGUCCAAGAACUUUCUUGAAGAUUAGGGCUGACGUCGGCUAUGAAUCCAAUACUACAAUUGAGUCUCCAGGUAAGAAAUCAUCGGUCUCUGCCUCAGAUGAUGAUGACCCGCUUCAUAAAUUCUUGAAAAGAGACUAUAAGUGGGGUUUUAAUGAAGAGAUUGACUCCUUUACGAUUCCUAAGGGGUUGUCUGAGGAAACAGUUAGGUUAAUUUCUUCUAGGAAAAAUGAGCCUGAUUGGAUGCUUGAGUUCAGAUUAAAGUCUUAUCAGAAGUUUGUCAAUAUGAAAGAGCCCAAAUGGUCAGAUAAUCAGUACCCAGAAAUUGAUUUUCAGGAUCUUUGUUAUUAUUCAGAGCCCAAAAAGAAGCCUACUUUGAAUAGUCUUGAUGAGGCUGACCCUGAGCUGGUUAAGUAUUUUGAUAAGCUUGGGGUGCCUUUGAAUGAAAGGAAUAGACUGGCUAAUGUCGCGGUUGAUGCUGUUCUUGAUAGCGUUUCAAUUGCUACUACUCAUAGGAAGACGUUGGAGAAAGCCGGUGUGAUUUUUUGUUCAAUUUCUGAGGCUAUUAGAGAGCAUCCAGAGAUAAAUGCGAUGGAGACGGGGCAGUUUGAGAGGACAUUGAUCGUUGCAGAUGAAGGAAGUUUCGUAGAGUAUUUGGAGGGGUGUACUGCACCUUCUUAUGAUACGAACCAAUUGCAUGCUGCAGUGGUGGAGUUGUAUUGCCUUGAGGGUGCCGAGAUCAAGUAUUCCACGGUUCAGAAUUGGUAUGCAGGUGAUGAGGAAGGGAAAGGUGGUAUCUAUAAUUUUGUUACAAAGAGGGGGCUUUGUGCUGGGCCUAGGUCUAAGAUAUCAUGGACACAAGUGGAGACUGGGUCAGCCAUCACUUGGAAAUACCCAAGUGUUAUUUUAGAGGGUGAUGAAUCAGUUGGUGAGUUCUAUUCUGUGGCAUUGACCAAUAAUUAUCAGCAGGCUGACACGGGAACGAAGAUGAUACACAAGGGGAAGAAUACUAGAAGUAGGAUAAUAUCGAAAGGUAUUUCAGCUGGACAUUCAAGAAAUUGUUAUAGAGGUCUGGUUCAGGUAUUGUCCAAUGCGCACAAUGCUCGAAAUUCUUCGCAGUGUGAUUCAAUGCUCAUUGGAGACAAUGCUGCUGCUAACACUUAUCCAUACAUUCAGGCGAAAAAUCCGACUUCCCGUAUUGAACAUGAAGCCACGACCUCCAAAAUUGGUGAAGAUCAGUUAUUCUACUUCCAGCAGAGAGGUAUUGACUAUGAGAAAGCUAUGGCAGCCAUGAUUUCUGGGUUUUGUCGGGACGUCUUCAAUGAAUUGCCUGAUGAAUUUGGGGCUGAAGUAAACCAGCUCAUGAGUUUGAAGCUUGAAGGAUCUGUUGGCUAA